AUGGCUUCAAUACUCGCACUUCUAGCCAUUUCGCUUUCCGUAUGCGUCCACGCUGCCCCAACAAACGCACCUCCGAGCACACCUUCACCAUCCGCGGGCACACCACCUCCUACUGUUAACGUCAAUCCUGAGCCCAAACUCACCCCGGAGUUGAAAGCUGCUAGGCACAAAAGGGAAGAGCUAAAAAAGAUAUUUCAGAUUGACUUAAAAAACCCACCAUUUGUGUCAACUGAGAAAGACUGGCAGUCAACAUGCUUUGCUUAUUGGGGUCUCUGCCCAGGUGGCGCUGGCUUCUUUUACAAACAUCGGCUGAUGGAGAUUUCGAAUGUAGAAAUUCUCUAUACAGCUGUCACUGAAGGAGAAACAAUCAACACAGGCAAUGAGACCACUAACCUCAAAACCAUAAAAUCUACAUGGGUCACGGCAGGCCGCACCCAGGGUUGGAGCAUUGAAGCAAGACUUUCAGGGAACAUUGGUGGUGAUAAGGGUGGUGCAAAGUUGGAGGUCUCUGCUUCAUACUCAGAUGUCAAAACGGAGUCAAAGACGGAGAUUGUUUCAGCAGAGAUGGCCAUGCCCUGCCCAGCCAACCAUAUGUGCGCAAUUGCAACCUGGACUUUCUUUGCAAAGGUUACUGGUUCAUGUAAGCCUGUGCCGUGGGUGCACUGCGGAUACGAGCGAAAUAUGUGCGACCUCAACCAUACUCCUGGCGGCGGCUUCUAUCCGCCUUUUUGGUCUGGCUGCCAGCAAUUCCUAGGGCAAGCCCUGCGCUGCGAUUGGAAGAGUCCUAGGGUGGAUUGUGAGGCCACUCUGCCGAUAUUUGACCAGUCCGGAAAACCAAUUGCACCCUUGGUGACGCUACAGAACCAGAUCAUCUGA